CUCAGUCCAUGUCUUGCUCCAGGAAAUUUAAUUCUGUGGCCAAAACAAACUCCUCUGUAUCUAAUGGCAGUGACAUCUGCUUGCAGAUUCAACAACGCACCAGCAAAAGCAGCACGUUUACUAGGACAUGUCCUGAAGUCCAAACGUUUACUCGAAGCACUUUUAGGCUAAAGCCACAGGAUCAAACUAACGAGAAGCUGCUAAGGACUUCACUUGUGGACCAAGUGAAGCAUCAAGUACAGUUGUCCGAGGGAAAAAGGCCAGUGGAGCUUGAUAGAACAAUCAAAGUUUGUGAAGCCUCGGGCCAAAAUUCUACUGCUCAUUUUGACGUGGUUUCGGAAGACGACCUGAAGACUCUGUUUGAUUCUGAUGGUCUCUGGAAUGACAAAGAUGAAGACGAUCUCCUGUGUCAAGCUUGCAAUGAUGUGGAAAGGCUGUCGGCUAGUCAGGAGGAGCAAAGACACAGCAAGGGUUAUGCAGAGUUAGGCAAAUCAAGAAGCUUAACAUCUAGUGACACCAUUCAUGCUGAAACCAUGGGCAUCAACAGCAAGUCCUCACAUGUGUUUGUCCGCUCAAACUCAGUACCGUGUUCCAGUGGCAGCACUGGAUUUAAACAGGACUUCGGUGUUUUAGCGACAACUGAAGGGUCCAACUUUGGAAUGGGAAGUCAUAAUCCUAACCAGUUCGGGCAAGCACAAAACAAAUUGACUCAAGUGAAAAAUGCCUCUGGACCCAGGCUCGGGUUUGUCAGAAGCACAUCACCGACCAUUACGCCACAAAGCACAACAGUGGGAAAGGCCUCUAAUUCCCACUAUUUCACUUUCAAAAGACAUCUGCCUGACUCUGUGACGCUCAACAACAAAGUUUUUGUUUCAUCCCCUACAACAGUGAAAUGUUCAGCUGCUGAGAUUGAGAGGAAGAAACAGGAAGCAAUAGCGAGGAAGGGAUUACGCAUGCAGGCUCGCCAGAAAAAUGGAGCACCUACAUAGGAUACCACGG